CGCUGGAACCGAUACCAAAGGGCUCUUUCGUAAUGGAAUAUAUCGGAGAGAUUAUCACAAUAGAAGAGGCGGACCGUCGCGGCCGUCAGUACGACGCCGAGGGAAUCACUUAUCUCUUUGAUCUCGAUUAUAACGAUGAGGUCGACGCCUAUAAGUACGCUCUCGACGCCACUCAUUGCGGAAAUGUCUCCCAUUUCGUCAACCAUUCCUGUGAUCCAAAUCUGGACACUCGGGUCGUGUGGAUCAAUAAUUUGGACCCAUAUAUGCCACACAUCGCGCUCUUUGCCAUCCGAAACAUCAGAGUUAAUGAAGAAUUAACUUUCGACUACAAAAUUAAUGUCCAACGAAUGACGAACGCCAACGACUCGUCCAUCUGUCCAUCGGAAGUGAGUUUCGAUUCGGGUAUCGAUGGGUCGACUGUUUGUGGCAAAGAACAGACCCGAGAGGAG